CGUUUACUUUCCAGGGCAGGAGAGCUUAAAUAAUUUGAGGCCCAGAGCUGGCUCGCUUCGCUAUUUCAUGUCAAUCUGGCGGGCACGCAGGGUGUCGCCGGACGUAAGCACUCGGUAAGCUGCAUCCAUCCAAGCUCACAUUUUGAUGAGGUUUGAGGUAACAACCACUCACGAUGGGUGUGCACGUCAACCAAGCCACACCAAUCCAGGCCCACCUCGAUUACAAGCCUUUACCGCAUGCGAGCGAGUACCUGCGUAUUCUCAGCCUGCACGCUGGUAACGCAUGCGAGCCUAUCCGAUGUAGCUUGCGUCCAGUCAGCUUCCACGAGAAGCCGUAUUAUGACGCUCUGUCCUAUACCUGGGGCGACCCCAACGCCACGAAGCUGAUCGAGGUCGAUGGCGUCGCGGUCGAAGUCACCUCCAACCUUGAGCAGGCGCUGCGGCACAUGCGCGACGUGAACACCGAUCUUGCCCUCUGGGUAGACGCUGUGUGCAUCAAUCAGUUGGAUACGACGGAGCGGUCGCACCAAGUGGCCCUCAUGGGCAAGAUAUAUUCCGGAUGCGCCCAGGUACGAAUUUGGCUAGGCUGCAAUGCUUCGCGAUGCCGGCUUGGCGAUGGAGCAAAUGACGACUUGAAAGGAGCGGAUCCAUUCGGAAUCAUCUGUUUGCUAGCAAGUGGUCGCCAUGUUUAUGAAUGGCAAUGUUUCCAACCCCAGACUCCCGAUACGGCUGUCUACAAGCCCGACGGAAUCUUCAAUGCGAUGUGCGAAGGCUUUCUCGCUAUCUACCGAAGUCCUUGGUGGACACGCCUUUGGACCGUACAAGAAGCCGUCUUACCAAAGACAGGCACUUUGUACUUCGAUACAUGGACGAUAUCGCUUCAGACGGUCACCGAUUGCGGGUUAUACUACGACCGACAUGCCUGGAAACCAUGUUGUAAUCACCCCGUAUCACAAAUGCCAAUCACAAUGAGCAGUUCUCUAAAGGACUUCUGCACCAUGACUCGGAGCCUUUAUCAUGAUCGAAAACGCGAUGGCAGCGGCAAGCUCAAGCAACACGACCUACAAACACAACAUGUAGUAUAUGGGUUCCGGGCGUGUGAGGAUCCGCGCGACAAGGUCUACGGGCUGUUGGGGGUCAUUGAUGACCGAUUCUUCACCCCGGAUUACACUUUGUCUAAAGAGGAAGUUUUCUUCCAGGCUACUUACACAAUGCUUUGUCGCGAACGGGGGUUCUUGAAGAGUCUGACAGGCCCUCAAUAUGGCCCAGCGCCGGACAAACUGGCGUCCUGGGUGCGCGACUUUGAUGCGCCUUACGAUCGCAUGGACGUCGAUGUAGUUUUCGAUCGGUACAAGCUUUUUGAUAAUGGCGUCUUCAAUGCUUCCGACGACCACAGAUCGAGCGCUGUAUUGCUAAAAGCUUCCCCGCGGUCGUCGGGUGAGGUGGUAGGACGAGUGGGGCUUGGUGUCAUAGGCAGGCGUGUAGGCAAAGUCACCUUUGUAUCCGAAGACGUACAGACCUUAAUAUCCCCGAAAGAUGAUGCUGCCACCAGACAUAAAGUUGUCUUCAAGAGAUGGAUGUUAUCCGCGCUCAACUCGAGUGCUUUUGACACGCUAGCUCACAUUAGUGUGCAGAGCAAUCUCUAUAGAGAGCCGAAUACGGCCAUGGCGUUUUGGCGAACACUGCUUGGAGGAUUUGACAUUCCAGUCGGUACAGAAGGCCACGCGUGGGAUCUCAAAUUCAGUCCUGCAACGAUGCGUUGGCUCGAACACUUUCUUGCAUGGGUGGAAGGAGAAGAGUAUACGAUUAAUGCCACACUAUGCCAUAUGAUCUCCGUCAUAACACAUGGUCGUUGCUAUUUCAAGACCGGGAACCAUGGUCAGGGCCUCUGCUAUCCGCACGCCCGUGUUGGGGAUGAGAUAUGGGUCCUUGACGGGGGAAGAGUUCCGUUUGUCCUGCGACCUACGCAUUUAGAUCAAGAAGAAAAAGACGCACUAAGAUCAGAGGAUACGGACCAAUUUGGGGCUGAUGAAGGCAAUAGAUCUAGUAGAAGCCAUCAAUCCGACAAACCAAUUGAGGGAUACUAUCAGUUCAUCGGCGAUUGUUAUUUCGACGCGUACAUGCACGGGGAAGCGAUCCGAGACAGCACGUUGCGUGAACAGUCUAUUGUAUUGGUAUAAAGGGGCUGCGGAGUAAGAUAAGAAAGGUUUAUCAGCAAAGACGCUGCGAAGAUCGCUGAUCGAGUUGUUACGAGGAGGUCAUGUGAAUUCUCCCGCAUUCGACCCGAGACAUGACAUUCCCAACUCCGGAUGUGACGCGAGAGGACUUCACAUAAUCGAGAUGAAUGAGAGGCAAGGGAUGGCUUUGGUUCGAGUACUAUACUGGUCAUGCAAUUCUAUUUCAUAAUCGCCCUCCUAAAACCACGCUAUGCAAAUCUAUCAACGUCUACGACCCCAACCGCUCAAUACCUUCCCAUCACAUACAUAUCCCCCUCCAACCCCA